AUAUUCUUAAUAAAUAAUGGCGUGGGACUUGAAUUGCGUAAACAUAAAGAGUCACGGCUUUCAUCGCCGAUCUUAGGCAAAUGUUUGUGAAGUUUGUCGGAUAAUACAAUAAAAUACACAUUUAAGAUCAAAACACACAUUAAAAAGGGGCGGAGAGGACGACUUUCUAUCACCUUUGGUACGGCCCACACGAAUUUCACCUGGUUUCAAUGUCGUCUGCCAAGUUGAGAAGUUUGUGUCAAAAUAACGUGAUGAAAGUGGUUACCAAACAGUCACGUACGUGUCAAAAAAUGCAUUUCUGCGUUUUCCUUAUCUUGUUUGUUGCAUCGAUACGUUGCCAAAAGCCGUCAGAACAUGUCAGCAGAACAACUUUGCUUGUGGAAGAGCGUGUCAGGAGAACGUUCGUCGGUUCACCAACGGCCCACCCCUCGCAACAGAACAUGACUUUGCAGAGAGGACAGACGGAGGCAAUGUCGACCUUGAUUCGGUCAUUUGUCAGCUGGGAAAGGAAAUGGCUGGACCUGGCGUCGGCGAAUUCGGUAUUGGAAAUGGCCGGUUAUCUGGUCCUGGCCGUCCUCUCCACCUUGGGCAUCAUCUUCACCCCAUUGAUAGUCCUCAUCAACCUGCUGUUUCCGUCGUUGGCGAUUGUCAAGAGGAAACGCAGCGUCGAUCACGAUGAGCCCCACUUGGAUUUCUCCCUUCCGGAAUGGAUGGACCAAAUGGAGUCCUGGGUGAAAACGCACAAGCCAGCCGAGAAACGGUACCGAUGCUGUUUCUAUCCCAAGGAGCCGCCAGGAACAGGAUCUGCUCGAUGCUUUCCUCUUUUACCCAAGUACUUGUACCCGUGGAAUAAUCCUUGUCCCCAGAAAAAUGAAUAUCGUGAUGUUACCGUUGGCAAAGACAAUAAACUGCAUUAAA